AUGCUAAUGAUCAGAAAACGUUUCGGGCGUCCAGGCAUCCAUGAGGAGAUGUUGAAAGAUGAGGUCCGAACAAACUCUUACAAGAACGCGAUAUACCAAAACCGUCAUCUGUUCAAGGACAAGAUCGUUCUUGAUGUCGGCUGUGGUACUUCAAUUCUCAGCAUGUUCGCUGCCAAGGCUGGAGCCAAGCAUGUCUACGCUGUAGAUAUGUCUACUAUCAUUGAAAAGGCACGGGAGAUCGUUGCUGUCAAUGGCCUUUCCGACAAGAUCACCUUAAUACAAGGCAAGAUGGAAGAGAUUGAGCUUCCGGUUGACAAAGUCGAUAUCAUCAUCUCAGAGUGGAUGGGAUACUUCUUGCUUUACGAAUCCAUGUUGGACACUGUCUUGCUGGCUCGAGACAAGUACCUAGCCCCUGGCGGGUUGAUCUUCCCUGACAAGGCCAGCAUCUACAUGGCCGCCAUUGAAGAUGGUGAUUACAAGGAAGAAAAGAUCGGAUUCUGGAACAACGUCUACGGUUUCGACUUCACCCCUCUUCAGGGUACCGCCUUGGCUGAGCCUUUGGUGGAUACUGUCGAUCUUAAGGCCGUCGUCACGGAUCCCUGCCUAGUCUUGGCCCUAGACCUCUACACUGUUAAGCCCAGUGAUCUCACUUUCACCGCUCCCUUCGACCUUGCUGUUCGCCGAAAUGAUUUCAUCCACGCCCUUAUCGCCUGGUUCGAUAUCGACUUCAGCGCUUGCCACAAGCCUAUCAAGUUCUCCACCGGACCACACGCCAAAUAUACCCACUGGAAGCAGACUGUCUUUUACCUAGAUGACGUCCUUACAGUUAAGAAUGGAGAACACCUCCAAGGUGUUUUGAGCAGCAAGCCAACUGAAAAGAACCGAAGAGAUCUGGAUGUCAAGAUCGAAUAUGUGUUCCAGGGUGAAGACCAUGACAGGGCAAACCGUGGUGUUUGUUUAUUUAAGAUGUGUUAA